GAUUCAUCACUUUCUCUUGAUCACUCACUGCAUCAACAAUGGCCAGAGAGAAGAUUGUGGUGGCUGGUGGUACCACAAAGAGCUGGAAACUACUCUUGGGGCUGAGAAUAUUUGCAUUCAUGGCUACUCUAGCUGCAGCCAUUGUAAUGUCACUAAACAAAGAGACAAAGACCUUGGUUGUGGCCACCAUUGGUACUCUUCCUAUCAAAGCCACUUUAACCGCUAAGUUUCAGCACACACCGGCCUUUGUGUUCUUUGUUAUAGCUAAUGUAAUGGUGAGCUUCCACAACUUGUUGAUGAUUGUUCUUCAGAUUUUCAGCCGGAAACUGGAGUACAAAGGUCUCCGUCUCCUCUCUAUCGCCAUUCUCGACAUGCUAAACGCAACUCUAGUAUCUGCUGCUGCAAACGCGGCAGUAUUCGUGGCGGAGCUGGGGAAGAACGGAAACAAGCACGCCAAGUGGAACAAAGUCUGCGACAGGUUUGCCACUUACUGUGAUCACGGCGCUGGAGCACUCAUCGCCGCAUUCGCCGGAGUCAUUCUAAUGCUCCUCGUCUCGUCCGUCUCCAUUUCCCGCCUCUUAACCAAUUCUAAACACUUAUCCACCACCGCCACCACAACUGCCGCCGUCUAAAACAUCGCGGCCAAAAUUCAGCAAUAUGUGUUUGUAUGCAUAUCAUAGAUGUUGUGGCUUACUUUGUGUGUUGUCUCUUAAGUCACUAUCAGAUUGUCUAAUGCACUCCCCUGUUCUAUCACUUUCACAUUUGUAUACGAGUUUUAAUUUCUCUUUUCUUUUUAUAUUUAUAAAAUGACAUUUUUCAC